AAGAGUUCUGAGUUUUAUACUGAAAGUGUUAUGAGAAUGCAGAUGGAGGGAGAAAAAAGGUAUGCUUUACUACUUGCAGCAACGGACUCAGACUAUGUGAAGAAACUUUACGGAGGAUAUUUCAAUGUUUUUGUUGAUGCAUUAGGGGAUGAAGGGGAGAGAUGGGACUUAUUUCGCGUCGUCGAGGGGCAUUUUCCAGAAAUGGAUGAGCUUGAAAAUUAUGAAGCAUUUGUUGUCAGUGGAAGCCCUUAUGAUGCUUAUGGCAAUGAGCAUUGGAUUCUCAAGCUUUGCUUACUCUUGCAAACUCUUUCUGCCAUGCAGAAGAAAGUUCUUGGUAUAUGCUUUGGCCACCAAGUCUUGUGCAGAGCACUGGGAGGAAAAGUUGGGAAAGCCUACACUGGAUGGGAUAUUGGAGUUCGAAAAAUUAGAAUCCUAAAUGAAUUCUUGCCUUGUAACUUCCUUGAGUUAGAUGAAAUCCCACCAACCCUUUCAAUCAUUGAGUGCCAUCAAGAUGAGGUGUGGGAUGUCCCUGUUGGGGCUGAAGUAAUUGCAUAUUCCGAUAAAACUCGAGUGGAGAUGUUUGCAUUUGGGAACCACAUUCUGGGAAUCCAAGGGCAUCCAGAGUAUACCAAAGAUAUUCUCAACAAUUUAAUCGAUCGUCUGCUGUCUAAUGACUGUAUAGAGAGAGGGUUUGGUGAAGAUGUGAAGACACAGUUAUUGAUGGCGGAUCCAGAUAGGAAGUACUGGGAAAAAAUCUGCCAAAGCUUUCUCAAAGGCAGAUAGAAUUUUUCGAGAGUGGAAUGUAAUUUUUAUUCCUGGCACAACAAAAUUUUGUAUCACAGUACCUAAUUGAA